CUGAAUUCGAACGUAAAUACCGACUCGUACAAUUCUGUGUCGCGAAUCGACGACGAGCUACCAGUUAGUCAGAUUGAGUCGAGCUUUGACGCAGAAUGCUCAUAGCACUCGUAUUCGCGAACUCGAUCCCGGUACCGGUGUUUUUUUUUUCGUGAAGUGCGUAAUGCGUCGAGUAAAAAUUUACUAGAGUUGGAAAUUUCGCGAAUUUAAAAAAAACCGAAGAGGAAAAAAAACUCGCGAAAAAUUGCUACUAAAACCAAUUUGCAAAUAAUCGGUAACAAGAUAAAUUUGAAAAAUCGUCUAGAUCGCGAAUCGAAAAUCGAUCCAGGUCAAUCGUCAUCUUCGUCGAAAUCCGCAUUACAUUUCGAAUCGACUUUCGUACCAAAUUCCGACAGAUUAUUAUCGCAACCGCCUAGGAUUCGUAUUCGUAAAAAUAAACUAUCGGUGAAGCCUUCCAGCGGCGGCGUUUACAGAGCUUCGAUAACAGAAAAGAAGAAACCACCACCGAGUAAAAAACUUCGCCUACGAUCAUCCCCCGAACGACUUCUACCCUCGGCCAGAUCGAUUCUACCUUUGAGUAAGAUCACCUAUCCGAACGCUAUGACUAAUUUUGAUCCCGAAUCUCAAAACGAACUCAACGACCGAGACGAUCAAAUCGACUACGAUUUACGAUCGUGUAACGAUAAAGAAGAUCCGGACUCAGCGCAAAUCACAAACCAAGACGUCACCUCGAUGGCCUACCUACGUAACACGUAUAACCACCUGCACGAAAACCAAUUCCUAAAAUUGAAUAAAUUACUAUGCGAUAACGAAAACGAAGCCAUUAAGUUGAAACGUAAACAAAGGAUUAAUUUAAGAAAAGGAUUAUACGCAGCCGAUGAUAAAUCCAUGGAGACGGAAGACGACAUCGACACUUACGCUUCCGAGAGCAGUUUCUCGUCCGAGAAUUCGUGCGAUAAUAACGAGAUCUCCGAGAUCACCAAAGAUAUGAAGGAAUGCCAUCUCAGUGGUGCAGGUAGACACGAAAAAGUACCAGCCAAACCGAUCAUCACCUUUACUCCGGUUCGAUCGGCCGACGAUGAGUUGAACGAGAGGUUCCAUUCUUCCAGGAGUUCGGAUAGGCCGCCGUCCGCAUCGUCCGGAUCGUCUAGCCCGUUAUUAGAAGUUCCUGUCGUAGAGUUCGCAGAUAUAAGCACUGAGAUGAUGAGACCGCCCAUAAAUGGGUGAAUUUUUCGAGGUAACAACAAAGUUGCGAUGGGAAGACGUAUUCCAUUUUCGUAGAAUGAAAAAGCAAAGGAGGAAUUUGUACCAAAUAUGCCUACGCGAGUAUCGGUCUCAGUGUGUUAUUUCGAAGCAACUUUCAUUUUUUCCAAAUUUAUUUUCAUAUAGUUUUGUUUUAUUCAUUUUUAAGCAUUUUCUUUUUUUCUCUCUUUUUUUUAUUCAUUUUAUUUUAAUUAGACUGCAACAUUCUAACCCUCAAAACAAACCAAUUCUGUAAAUCAAAGGCUUACGAACGAGCUCUCGCUGAAAAAUGCAAUUUCUCCUCACUUCCCUAUACUCAAAAUUGGCCCCAUUUGGGCCCGAAUCUCGAAAAUAAGCGACUCCAGUGCUGGAGGAAAUUGCAUUUUUUAGCAAGAGCUCGUUCGUAGGUCUAUUUUCCCUGCAAAACAUCUCUUUUCUCCGAUUUUGUUUUUUUUUUAGGGUUUGGAUCGAGUCUAAAUGCUUCGUUAAAAUGUAUUAUUUUGAUAUUAUUUCAUGUACGAUAAGCUAUAAGAUACGAGUAAGUAUUUACAUUUACAUAAGAUAUAAAUAUUAUACGUUUAUAAGAAUAGUUAUGUUACGUUAAUAUGUACGAUAAAAAUAAUGCCCUUUUUCCUUAUUCGAAUCGACGUUAAGAACAGGAGGUGGUAAAUUGCGUACGCGAUUAUUACGGUUUUCAUCGAUGUCGUCAGGCGACAACCUUCGAGUUCGACUAUAGGUAUAUAUUAUUUUCAUUAUUAUUAAUAAUGUAAUCCCCUGUAUCGUAUCGUAUCGUGUUGUGCGUAAUUACUCGCGUAUUUACGUGUUCUUGUACUUUUGAAAAACCGCGUGUAAGCGUAAUGUACUUACUUAUGUACGAGUAUUGUGCGUUUACGUAGCAUAAUAAUGCAGUUUGUUGUAUGUUCUAUAUUGUUACUCGUACGUUUGUCGACGACGAUGAUUCAUAAUAAAAUAAAGAAGCCGUGUUUUUAUGA